AGUGCUGCUCUUCACCACUAGGCUUCCCAUCGGCCUAUCGCUGCUCUCCUACAUGCUGACGACGAGACCCGGAAGCACCGAGCUGCCUGCUUUGUUUUGUUUUGGUAGUGGAGUUGGAUAAGAGGUAGACAGGCCGAGGUCCGUCCGGGAGAGAACCGCUCACUAAAUGGGGAGAGGCAUAUCGGGGAUGGAAGAUGACAGACCGAUAGCUGACGCCUGUAAAAUGCCGAGUUUUAUCAGUGGUUUCGAGGAGGAGAGGGUGAAAUUGUCUCGUAACCUGCCGGAAGAAACUUCCUUCACGGACAGCAAAGUUGAGCACUCGGUCAGAGAUUUGAGCCGUCGUGUCACCAGAUCAAACUCGCGGUUAUCCCUGGACGGAGGUGAGCGGGACUCGGGGGACAGGAGCAGCGAGGAGGAGAAGGAUGCGAAGGGCAACAACAACAACAACUGCAACGGCGGAGGAGGAGAGAGGAGGAGGAGGGCGAGCGCUGUCGAGAUUUUGAGGAGGAAUUUCGGGGUUUCAAAAUCUCCCUCUCUGUGUCUAAAUACAAACAGCCGGAUGCAGCGCAGCGCGGAGCACGAACAACAUCGCGAAGGAAACGUUAAUAACCACGUUUAUAACGGUUAUGGAACCGAACGUGGCGAAUGUAAAAAGUCGGAGCGUGAAACGGGCGAAGCGGGGACUAAAAACGAGCCAACUUUGAACGACUUGACUUCGGUUGUCCAAAGAGUUGAAUUUGUAACCGUUAACGUUACUGGUCAGUGCCAUCAUAAACGUGACAGUGACAGCAACACGGUCGCUUUAGAUGAGUCUUUGAACACUAAAGAACACGUCUACUGCACUGUGUAUUGCAUCGCUAACAACAGAAAAGACGUAAUCACAGACGAUGAAACGGUCACAUCUGACGCACCAAAAAUGGACUUGGAGACAGAACAGGAAGCAGGCUCGAGUCCCGAACCGGUUCUGUACACAUUGGACGACCUGGUGGAUCCUUUCUGGGACAUGACCCACCCGUUGUCCAUGGAACUGGCCGGUGCAGGGACUACGAUGCAGAGUUGCCGGGUGUGCCUGGAAGAGAAAACCAUCGCACCCCUGCCCUGCUGCAGGAAGGCCGUGUGCGAUGAGUGUCUGAAACUCUACGUCAGCUCUCAGGUGCGAGUAGCCAAAUCUUACAUCAGCUGUCCAAUCCCAGAGUGCAGUGGCUUCCUGGAGGAGGGAGUGGUAAUUUCCCAUUUAGCCAAUGAAGACGUAGCAAAAUACCGUUACUUUUUGGAGCUGAGUCAGCUAGACUCGAGCACCAAACCCUGUCCCCAGUGCAGUCAGUUCAGCUCUCUGAAGGGGAACAACUCCGAGCACAAGUACAAGAUCCAGUGUAGCAAUUGCCAGUUUGUGUGGUGCUUUAAAUGCCACGCACCAUGGCACAAUGGGGUCAAAUGUCGCGAAUACAGGAAAGGAGACAAGCUGCUUCGAAGUUGGGCUAGUGUCAUAGAGCACGGGCAAAGAAACGCCCAGAAAUGUCCACAGUGUAAGAUCCAUAUUCAGCGUACAGAGGGAUGUGACCAUAUGACAUGUACGCAGUGUAACACUAACUUCUGUUACCGCUGUGGAGAGCGCUACCGACACCUAAGGUUUUUUGGGGACCAUACAUCCAACCUCAGCGUGUUUGGAUGCAAGUUUCGCUAUCUACCUGAUAAACCUCAUCUGAGACGGCUAAUUAGAGGGUCUGUCUGUGCCACUAAGGUGCUGAUAGCUCCUUUGGUCAUUUUGUUGGUCAUGGUGCUCGGAGCUUUCGCACUGGUGAUAGGUUUGGUAGUUUUCCCGGUCUACUAUGUGUGUAAGAGGAGGAAGAAGCAGCGCACACAGGGCUCCGGACGGUGGAUUUGACUGCAACCUGCACUGCAUUUAGACCACACACACACACACACACACACACACACAAACGCGCGCGCGCGCGCACACACACACACACACACACACACACACACACACACACACACAGCUUGAAAGACGACGCCUGCAUCUCCUCAGGGAUGAACACGCCAGCCAAAAGUCUAAGAGAAACAUCACACAAUUAACAAUGGUGAAUAGACUUUUUAAGAUGGAAGGAAGUAUAUAAACAUAUGAAGUAAAGCCUGGAUAAUCAUACAUCAUCACGCAGAAUAUUUGUAUUUCAGUGGACCGCUGCUGCAAAAGAAAUGCUGGAUUUUCAAGUAGGAAAGCAAAGGAAAAGAAAAUACUAAUUUAAAUUGAAUUCUCUUCAGAUGAUGGUUGACAAGUGUUGCAAUCCCCUUAAAUCUCCACUAAAUUUGACAGCAGUGAACUUUCUUGCUGGCCACCUUUUGUCCCGAACACAUUACAGGAAGUUUCAGCAGUGUACAUUUGACAAACAUUAGCUUGGAGACCGUCAGUUAGCCUGAUAUAAUGACAUACUGUUGAAUAUUGUGGAUGAAAGUUUUUUUUUUAAUUUUUUUUUUUUUAUAAAAGGUUUGACAGUGGUGGAUACAACUUGACUUGAUAAACACUGACUGCUGGAAAAGGGGAGGAGGAGCUCACAGACAAAUAGUAGAGAAAUGUGAGGAAAUGUAAUAUUCUUGUUGAACUUUUGCAAACGCUUCUUCAGUCAUUUGUCAAAAGUGCAAGAUGGAAACUGAAUUCAGGACCAAGCCAUGAUGGAAAAAAAUGAGUUCUCACGGAUGCAACAAAGCUGACAUUGAAUUUCGUCUGUUGGUAACUCAAUUUUGUCAUUGUCAUUUGGAGUCUUUGACAAGCACACACUUUUCAAAAUAAUAUGAAAGGACUUAAUUUGGACAGAUGGAAGGAUGACAUGUUACUAUUCUUGGCUUUCCUGGAUAACCUCGACUCUGCCUCAAGUCUUCAAGUCACUAGACAGAGUGAAAGUUGGGUCCUGUGUCCCCACCCUAAGAGUGACACCUAGUUUCAAAGGCCACACCAACCUUAGCUUUAAAAAAGGUGUCCUGUUUGCAACAAAUAUUCAGCCCACUGACCCCUUAAAGAAAUAUUGGAAAGCGGAAUUUUAGCAAGCCACCAUUGUUUUCUGUUCUGGUUCUCCAUCAACUCUUCCCAUCUUUUCCUUUCUUCCACACCUUCCUUGGGUCUCUGCCCUGGCUGGACGGUGGCUCACACACCCUCGUCUCUGCCUUGCCCUAUACUGUACGCCAGUAUCUGCAUCAUCAAAAAAAUAAAAUAAUUGCUGCUGCUGUGGCAGUUGUGCCAAAACAAAACGCUGAAUGUGGCAGGACAGACAGUUGACCCCGUCCCUUCUGUUAGAUUUUUUUGGGGUUGCUUGUUGCAGCAGUGUUGGGAGGUGAUGCUGCCAGUGUGUAGUGGAGUCUACAUAAAGAAAUAGAUUUAGAGGCUCUGUAGGAUUAUAGGAAUAUGCAUUAGAUAGUUGAAAGCUGCUUAGAAUUAAAAAUGACUGAACUUAUUAUUGCGACUGGGUGGCGGUACGGUUUGCGUAAGUUGCGUUUGCUUUUUUUAAAGAAAAUUAGUUCAGAAGUUAUCGUCAGGCUGCUGUGCACUGUAUGUGGUAGAUUACAUUUGGAUGUUAAUUAUUAGGUGAUCAGGUUUUCAAGGUGUUUAAGAAUUGAUGCAGUUUGGAUUUGUGCAGUGAUAAGAGGACGUCUGUCUGCUCGAGACUUUGGAUAGUGACAUAGUGGCUUUCAACGUACACAUACUUAACUCAUUCACACUGGCGCAUGUUGCAAGAAAGCAGACACACGUGCUGCCAGGAAACAGGAGAUUUUCGAGAGCUUUAAAGGUCGUCACCUGGCAGCAGCCAGCUUGCUGUCCUUCACUUAUCCCUCUAUCCUAUCCUCCCUGCUGUCAGUCCUUAGUUUCCAACAAGGGUGCACAUCCACUGGAGCUGUGGCUGCUCUUCAGCCACAAAAAAAUCAUCCAAACUGGAUGCUUUUGAGCCUCUGAUACAUGAGAAUAACACAGGGCUACCUGCGGUGCACGCCGCGGUCAAGUACAUACAAGUGGUUUCUACAUCACUCACAGAUAUUUCUUUUGUGUGUUUUUUUUAUCCCAUCACUUCAUGGAGCGACCUUUUCUUUUUUUGCUCCAUCAUGAGACAUUUAUGAGGAUGUUUUUUAAAGAAAGUACAAAAAGACGAGGAGUAGCACAAUAUAUCUGCACAUAAAAGAUGCUACGGCAAGAAAAAGUUGUGGAAUGAUAAAAUUAUACAAAUUUGAGGGGAAAUGCCUCCAUUGGAAACAAACUGGCACAGUGAAGAUCAAUGCAUCUUCAAAUCUGUUGUGGUUACCAGUGGAGUAAAUCCUGAGUGUGUCAACACAUUUCAUCACUGAAUCUUCACUGAAACCAGGAUGUAAGGCAUGAAAGCAGGGUUGAUGUUCCUGCAUGUUGGACAUCAUUAGCUUCUCUUUAUCCCAGGGAUCUGGCACCUUUUCUACAUCUGGGAGUCAAUAAAUACCAACUGUCAAGUACAGUUUAACUGUACAUACAAGGUUCCUAAAGGACACCGAUAAUUUAUUGUUACACACUGCUUUCCGUAGAUCCUGACUCUGGGUUUGAAUCCACUCUCAGGGAGUUAUUUUUUUUUUUGUUCACUGUACCCAGAGCCCUCCAUCCACAUGAGCUGUGGCACAGAAAUGGCCGAGCAGCACUGCAGAGUCAAAAUGCUUCCUGGUGCGUUUUCCCAGAGCUGCUUAGCAACCAUAUUUGAUUUCAAGGAAGUAAAAACACUGUAGUGUCAAAAGAAAUCCAAAUAUCUCAGUGAUGCAAAUACCAUCUGUGUUUCCCAGCAUGACUCAGCAGUUUUGCGAACGCUGCUUGGGGGUCAGGGGACUAAAAAGUGGUACAAGAAAAUGUAUUAGUAUUACAGCACCGGGAAACUAAAUUUGUAAGGUUUGCGCCAAACAAAAACAUUGAAACUAUCUACUUAACAAUUGUUCACUUGCAUCAUAUGCAUACAUGUUUUAUCUAACUGCUCAGCUAGUACUACACUGACAUGUUCCACUGCUGCAUUUUUUUUUGUCAUUUUGACAGUCAUAUGAAAUAUGACUGUCAGUUUGUGAUGGGCAUUUGUACUUAAAAGUGUCUUCAGCACAAAGAAAUUGUUUUAAUGUACUGUGGACACAUACGUAAAUAUUUUACUAUUUCCAUGGCAUUUUACCAGAAAUGUUGCCCCGCAGUUUACACUGUACCAAUGCUGAACCGAUUUGAUUAGCUCAUUGCCUUAAAAUUAACAAAUAGGAUCUUUAAUAAUUGAUUAAUAAUUAACAUAAUUUAAUCAAGUAACAAUACCUAACAUUUGGCUAAACAAAGUAAGCAACUUCCUAGGAGCAUGAGUUUACAGUCAAAUUUAUUUGGCAGUUUUGCUGUGAGACAGUAAUUCCAAAUAUGAAUUUGUUUGACCUGGUCAGCUACAGGACAAAUGUAAAUGAAUAAUAAUGUGAUAAUAUUUGUCCUGGUUAGCCACUCAUAUCUGAUUCCUUUCACUUUUAUACAUGUACAAGUGUGUUAAUCCUUCUCAUGUUAAGAUGCCAUGUGGAAAUGCCAUCAUUGCUUUGUUUUGUUGUUGUGUUCUUACAUUAAUGAUGUUUAGGUUCAAGUUAACAUGCAAAAAAAAAAAAAAAAAGUUGCUCUAUAUCAAUUCAUCCAGUGACGUGAACGUUAAUUUGGCCAAUGAGAUUUCCUUUGCUGGGUUUGUAUUGGCUGGCUGAUACCCCUGGCCUUUUUGUUUGUUACAAUCCCAGCGAUAUUGGCAUAAAUAUGCAAUAGUGCCUUCACAGCCAUUAUAGAUCAGAGUUUGCCAACCUGUGGUUCAGGGCCCCUGCGUGACUCCAAACAUUACAAAUAGGUGUAAAAAUCUAUCAAGGCCUCACAAAGUUAUGUGUUAGAACAGCUAAAGCAAAGUAUAACAUAUACUAAUAUGGGGCUUCUAAUGUAUGGAACCACUGUUAAAUAUAUCUAUGGAUCUGUUACCCCAACACACCAGGCAAUGUGCAGUGCAAUCAGCCCCUCGAUUAAGAAUGUGUGUUUUAAAUAGCUAAAAAUGUAAUCAAACCUCUAAAAUAAUACAGGUAACCACAAUACAGGCUGUCAGCUACAUCCCAAAUAGUUUUGCACAAGUUAAACUGUCACUUUAUUUUGGCUCAUACAAACCUCACACUUUAGACUCUGAAGAUUAAAAGGAGGAAGCAGUAGCAGAGCGAGCAUCGUUUUCAACAUUGGAUCAGCGUCAUAAGGCUGGUAUGGACAAAAAUGCUCAGUGAAGGAAGUGAUUAUAUUAAAAAGAUGUGCAAUUUAGACAAUAUAUCAUAGGUUAAUUUCAACUCAGGAGGCCUGUGAAUAUUGGUUUUGCUGUAAAUGGUGUAUCAUCAGUAACAUCAGGAUGGGUUUUCACUAUCUAGACAUGCAAACUUGUUGGAAAACGGUGACUGUGUUCCUUGUUUGCACUAAGAUUCUUCCACCUGCUGCCAUCGUUAAAAAUGUCUGCUGAUAUUGUUGCUCACUUAGCCAGGCACAUUGUUUUCAUCUGAGGAUCUGAUGAAGAAUAAACCAACCUGGGUCAAAUGCCAAAA